ACACACACCAGGCACUCGAGUAACCUUCACUCUCCUCACAAUCUAGCCUUGCCGUCGUGCUGUUCCUCAUGGCCAACUCAUUCACUCGUUCCUCAUUUCUUGAAAUCACUAAGGUGGGUCUGGCCGUGGGUUUCAUGAGUCAGCCCUCGACGUCACCGUUUUCCUUGCCACACGUCGCCAGCCGCAUCACCACCACCACACUACCGCCAUAUCACAAAGACAGGGGUGAUGUGCAUAACGCCUGUCCUCAUCCAGUGCUAGUUUGCAUAGCACAUAUGCAUAUACCACACCUGUAUGUCUUGCACCUGUGUUGAUUGUUAGGUUACUGUUUUACUGUUGCUGCAAACUCUUUAUGUCUUUAUGACAUCACUAUAAGAUACUUAGCUACAGCAGAUCCUAGCUUAUAGAUUUAUCUACCGUCGUUAAGGAGUUUUCACUCUGGAUAACCUUAAAACAACACCAGUAUCCUACAGUUUAUACUCCCUUAAAUCCUUAACGAACAUCACUCUCUCAACCUUUCCCAUAACAGGAAUAAAAGAAGGAUACAAACUGGCAACUUGCACAUAUCCUAGUGACGUAAACUCUACUUCAUCAGGGUCAUCACCAUUCAGUUUAGUGGUGAACCCGAGAGAAGCAAAGGAGGGAGGGUACCAACGCUCUCUUCGCUGGAUUAUACGGACGAAGAGAGAGGAAGAGAAAGACUAGAUCGAGGAACGCGUAGGAGUGGAGUGCUCUUGGCAAGGAGCGUGUGUUGUGUGGAGGAAUACAGAUUGCACGUGGGUGUGUUCAUAAUGGAAAGUGACGCUGAAUGGAUUGAUGUGGAUAAUGAGUUCCCUAUAUACACUCAAAGACCUCCUGUACCAUCCCAACCCUCUCCACGACCCCUGCCACGGCCCCGCGCGCGUCCCCCUGUGAUUGAGUCGCCCCACGAAUCGCCUGAGAGAGCCCCGUCAAGCCCCAGCGCGCCCACGAGUACCAAUGCGGGCGUGGUGGCGGGAUGCGUGGGCGGGGCGUUGGGCGUGGUGUUGAUGCUGUUGGUGGUGUACAUGUUAGUGCUGCGGAGGAGACUGACCAAGGCCAAGAAGAGCGGCAGGGCAGCGCAUUACCAGCUGCGCGUGGAGGACGUGGCGCACCUGUCACACCUGGACGAGACCACCAACACCUAUGUCAACACCACAGACCUGCAGAAGCUCGUUGCCUCCGUCAGGGCCAAGGGCAAGUCUGAGAACCGCCUGCCCACCCCGCCGCGUCUCCAACACCAGACCCCCGCACCCUACCGUCCCGCCGCCGCCACUGCCGGGAACAACGACUCCUUCCAGGGAGACGCCGUGGUGGUGCGCGCUCCCAUGCCGCCGCCAUACACCAUCUCCGCACCGCCCUCCCUGCCCCAGGCCCCCGCGGCGCCCCAGCCCAUGCAGGAGGUGAUGUAUAGCAACCUGGAGGAGUGCGCCGCCCCGCCCCGCCCCGCUCCCAGGCGAGAGGCCCCCAAGACUGCACCACCCCCGCCCCCCAUCCAGGAACCAAGCUCCCCCGUGAGUCAGCCUGCCCGCCCCGCUCCCGCGCCCCCGAAAUCCAGCUCUCCGCCCGUAGCCAACAACACCUCCACUCUCCAGCAGACCGCAAAGCCCGCCCCGCCGUGCCCCAGCUUCAAGCCCAGUAAAGCAAGCCCCGCGGUGCAGGCUAAGCCUGGCGCCAAGCCCACGCCCCCCACUCUGCCCAAGCCUGGCAAGGGCAAGGCUCUGCCGCCCCUCAAAAUGGUGCUGCGCGGAGCCACGGAGGGCACGUCCUCUGACUCCUGCGCCACCCCGGACACCGCCAUUAUCCACCUCAGCCCGGAAGCCACGCCCACUGGGGAGGGCACCCCGGGCACGGCUUCCAUCAGUGCCAAGAUUGCCCUGCUGGAGGGACACAUGCGGACGGCAGGUGGGGGCGUGUCGCGCCCCGGACUGAUCAGGCCCUGAGGCAGUGUGGCGGUACGCCCCGGGAACCCUCGGGUCACGACAAACAGCGGCGCGUGACGCACGUCCUGCUAUUGCUUGUUCCGCGGCGUGAACGUGAACAUGGACAAUCGGGAAAUCCGGUCCCGCCCCGCCCCGCCUGGAGGCUGUCACCAGUGGUGCUGUGAUGGUGCUUGCUGUGGUGAAACGCUCCCCCAUCUCACUUCCUUCAGCUUGCCAGCUGCCGGGGCGUCCCGGGAUACUGCUACUCGCACCUCCAGCCACACACGUCCAGCAGGAUGCACAGCAACAGGGACGGCUGGGCCUGUCCACCACUGCCCGCAAUGUAUCCUCACUACUGACGUCACGCAGCCCACCACCAGCAUCCUUGAUUAUAAACUGGCGUAUCCUUCUUGACCCGCGAGCUCAGCGAAUGCCAGCCUGUCCGUCCCCAUCGCCACCACCACCACCACCACCACCGCCACUGUCACGCCAUCACCACUAGUCAGGCACCCCACCAUCGUGGCAGGCGCCAUCACCAGGGCGCCACGCCGCCUCGCCUUAAAUCAAUCCUCGCAAGAUGAGGUACUGUACAAAAAUGUUGGGGUGAGGGAAGGCAGACCCUCGUGCCGCGGCGGUGACGGGGUGAGACAGUGCCACCGCCCUGGGGGAACACUUGCACAGUAUUUAAAUACCUAGUUUUAAGGAAUCUUGUUAACUACCUAUUUGGAGUAGGUGAAAUAUGUACAUACGCAUCCGAUAGUUUUCGCUGUUGUAUCAGAAUUGUGCCAUUCGCAAUGAUGUAGCGUUAAGUUUAGAGCUGUGAUACAUACAUGUGUUGUCUUAACA